ACGGGAGAGAUCCGUGCCGGGAGUGACAAGGUGGUUGGCCGAUGGUGGGGGGUAAGAGAGCGGCGUGCAAAUGGCGACUCCAGCUCUGCCGAGCCAAUCGUUGCACGCGCACCCCAGAAUCGAGUGAACGCUGGUCACGCCUAGCCUUGACGUCACCGUGUCCUGCGCGUAGAGUCACUUCUCUACCACACUCGUCGGAAGAGUAUCACUCGCCGCACUCGUAUCCAGCGUCGCUUAUCACGCGCCUUCUUUUUCUCUUUUCUACUGGAUGCCGGCUUGCGACCUACGCGCACGCGACAAAAAUCACGAUACAACGGUGAGCGAUAAGUCAGCCGUCGAGUUCUUCGUACGGAUCCGUGAAGCUUCUACGGAUACGUUGCAAACUUGACAAGAAUCGAAAAAUCGAAGUAUCGAAGAUCGAAUGGUUGGAGAGAUUGACGAGUCGGUUCUGCGAGCAGGACCGUUUUUUGGCGGGAACAGUCUGGGAAAAGUGUGCCGCGGGUGAUAGUGUUGUCAGUGGAUCGACGUUACGCGAGAGACGCGAAGCACCGUAAAAGUCAGGUCUCCGUUCGAGUGAAUUCUUCGCAAAACGAAACAAUGAUCGUGCAACAAUGGUGCGAUAAAAUGGUUCCGUGGUUCGCAAACAGUGAUUAACCUCUCAUCCGCUGAACAUCGUAUAUUCCUAUUGACUGGAGAUACUUAUCUUCCCGCCGGCAUUAUAAAUCUACUGUUCGUCGAGUAUUCUAUCAUAUAGAUAUAUAGAAAUAUAGCGCUGCUGUACGUACAUUUUCCAUCGGUCCAUCUAUUUUGAAUCGCACGAAACGUCGCUACCGUUCGACGAGACUGUCGACAGUUGUUGAAUUUGCUUGCUGGUGAUCGCCGUCCGAUCGAAAGAACGGGAUAAAUAAGAAUAAUAAUAAAGUGGAUGUUGGGGUGAAAUAUCGAGGAUUUUGUUGGACUUUGUGGUGGGGGGUGUUGUAAUUUGCGAGAAGAUCGGGAAUAGCGUCCUUCGAAUCGUUAGGUGGAGUCGUUUGGAAAAGUGGUCACGACGCAACAAACGGUGACGAGUUGUCCAGGGGGUGGCGAAGGCGGCGGCGGUGCAGGUGGCGGUGGCGGUGGCAGCGAGAAGACGGUCCCGUAUGCGGCUACAACGGGUCCGGUAGAGGAGGUGGAGGCGCAGGAGGUGGAGGUAGAGGUCGACGAGGUUAAGAUGGAAGCCGAGGAGCAUCUUGCGAGAGAAUACGUACAGGAGUUUGUUCUCGAUCAUCUCGAUCCCGCCGACGUUAAGCGAGAGGUAAGAAUCAGCUCACCAAUGAUGGUGAACGGUAGUGUGGUGCAAUUACCUGGCCAGGCUCUACAAGCGCAAGGUCUGGCUCUAGCGCCUCUGACGCCGCCGGCGCACGAGCUUGAGCAACCCCAUCCGCUUUACGGACAGCCGCACAUUCAGGUGCAGCACGGCGUCCUGGUGAAGGCACCACCGGGUGCAGCUUCUCAUCUGACGACCCUUUCGCAUCCUGGAACACCGCCGGAUACGCCUCCGGUCUCAGCGUCGCCCCCACCGUUGCAAUUGCAUCGGGGCGAUCGCGAUUCCCGCGAUAGAAGUCUAUUUCUUCAUUUGCAACAACCCAGCUCUAUCGUCCAAGACGAUAUGCAGGCUGGCGAGGGCUUUUGCAGACAGCCCGGAGUCAUGGGUUGGUUGACGCAGUCCCUGAGGCAGGAACCGCUCGACCUCAGGCCUCACUGCCCUCAGGAGCAAACACCGGAACCUCAUCACGAGGCUUGGCCCUCCGCACCCAUGCACCAUCAUUUCCAAGAUCCGCAACACCUGCAGCGCCACACCAAGCAUACAGGUGGAUACAUCACGAUGUCGGGCCACAUAGAAUACUACGGAGGUGCGGGAACAGGCGGCGGGAUGCUUCCCGCGGGCGGAAGUGGAAUACCAGUGAUGGAAGACACCAUGCAGGGCAUACAGAUGCAACCGGGAAGACCGAUGAGCGUUUGUUCAGUGAGUUCUUGCGCUGCUGGUGGCUCCACUCCACCGCACAGAGGCAAUGUCCUUUACCAGAAUUGCGGGAGUAACAAUCCCCAGGAAGAACUCAUGAACGACGAGCUGCUCAUGUCGCUUUCCGUACGCGAAUUGAACAAACGCCUUCAUGGUUGCCCGCGGGAAGAGGUGAGUCAGGUGGUGCGUCUGAAGCAAAAGCGGCGAACCUUGAAGAAUCGUGGUUACGCUCAGAAUUGCCGUAGCAAACGGUUGCAACAACGACACGACCUCGAGACGACAAAUCGCAAUCUGCAGAAUGAACUUCAGCGAAUGAAGAUCGAGAUGGCUCGGAUCCAGCAAGAACGUGAUCUUUUUAAACAAAGAUGGGAUAUUCUUAGAACGCGACAGAGCCAUAAUCACAAUCACAGCCACAAUCAUCAUCAGCAACAGGCGUCGCAGCAGCAGCAGCAGCAACAACAACAACAACAGCAAGCGCAGUCGCAACAACCGCAGCCGCAGCAGCAUCAAUCGCAAAAUCAACAGCAACAACAACAACCGCCUCCACAACAGCAACAUCAACCAGCGCCUGCGAGUCCAGAAGUUUAUCUGUGACAUCGACAGCGCCGAGGAGGCGCUUGCUGGACCUGAACAGACAUCCGUCGUGUGCUCGUUGUACGAGGUUCUCGAUCGUGACAUACCUAUGCGCGUGGGACUGAAAGACAAAGAACCAGACGAACAACCGGGUAUAUCCUUCGAGAAACAACGUUUGUUUCCUUCCUCUUUUCAAUCGAGUCUUAAGUCUUAGGCACGUUUUUAAGCUCGUCUACGUGUAUAUAGCGUUCAGUUCUCCUUUCUUUUCUUUAUAUGUAUAGCUUUGUUAAGUGACGCGAAAAAAGAAAAAAAGAGCCUUGACUGUUAAAACCAACUUUGUAAAUCGUGUAUGGAGUUAGCAGCGCAACUAAGCUGUCGUUAGACUAAAGGUAAUUAGAUCUAUUCUCAUAGGUAUAUAAAUAUAUCGCUCGCGGUAGGCUGGACGUCUUUACCAAAUAUUGUACCGAAAAGAAGAAGAAGAAGAAGAAAAGAAACGGGAUAAAGAAAAGAGAAGGAAAUAUAAGCGAACUUUGUCGAAGCGUGAAACAGAAAAGGGGCAAGGAUGAAGCUUAAAGUCAGGGGUCUAGCGUUCACGAGGUUCAUCCUUUUCUUUGUUAUUUAAUUUCUAGCAAAACCAUAAUACCAUUGAUACGUUUGUCACGAAUGAUCGGUUUGGAUAACCUUCGUUACCGCUUAUUAUCACCUAUUAUACGUAUUUCGUGUUUGUAAUAUUAAUUCUCCAUUGGUAUCUUUGGAUCAUAGCUCCUCGCAUUUUUCAUAUUUUGUUAUCGUUGUUCGCAUUGGGUUACUUAAUUUUAAGUUACUUAGCUCCACGAAACGGAUAUUCUUUAUUUUGCAAAUUCAGUCGCCCUAUCGUAAAGGAAUUUGUUACGUUGGAGGAGAACAUGACAGAAUCGUUGCCGAUACGCGCGAUUUCUAGUCUCAAUUUAUUUCAUUUUAGAGAUUUUCAGGCAUAGCUUCUCCUACGAAAUAAAAUUAAACGUUCGAGAAGCUAUUAAUCUUCGUCCAUCAACUUGUGAAACAGAGAAUACAGAAUAAGAUUAAAGAUCGAGAAAUUAAGUAACCUGACUAAAAGCGUUCUGGUUAUCUAUGGUUCAACGGUAUCAUUUAAGAAUUGAUACAUCAUGUAGAGCGUGAUACAUUCAACAUCAUUCGUUGCGUUAACUGUUCAAGCUCCGAGACAACUCGAUUUUUAGACGUCGCAUAGUUUCUUACGAAUAUCAUAGAAAGAAGCAUAGAGCAACGUUGUUUACGAGUGGAGCCCCUUGCAAGCUCUGAUCCUCUUCGUACGUUGUUAUAAGAAAAAUACAGUUGACAUUUUUAACACGACCUCCUUGUUUUUCUACCUCGGUUUUAAACAGAAGGCGACACGCCACAGCGGUGGGAAUCCGUUUCAUACGAGAAGCGAGAAGGCUCGACCAGCGUUAGCUUUCACAAUUUAGUGUUGGCGAAUCGCUAUCCGUUUCCAUCGUUCCUUAUCGCUCUCUUCGUUUAUAUUAAUUUUUAUAUCUAAAUAGUUACUUGCGUGCAGUAUAAUAGCGUAAUCGAAUUUUCGAGAUCGAGUUGUGCGUUGCCACGAUAUCGAGGAUCGUGCAGUUUAUCAGCAGGACCACGGUCCUGGAAAUUUGUACCGGAUACUUUCGUGCCAAUACCCACGAACCUAUUUAGAAAAUGGCCAAAUUUUUUUGGCCGAUCUUUGGCCGAGAUUGCUUAACCCUCUGACAAUCGAAGACUGGGUCAAUCUUGUCUCUUGCAGAUAUUUCACGUUCGUUACCUUCUUCCGUAAUCUACGAAAUUAUCGUUCCGCCGAAUUGCGGUAGAACUUCGUUUAUACAAGUAACGUUCAACUUUCGAUAUCGGAACUUGACAACUUAGCUAACAUUAUGCGAACUGCGGUCCAGCCACAGUCUUCCAUUACGUUCGAACGUGUAUUCUUGUAACGGAGUUUACACGGAGAAUAAGUUGUACGCUGGAAACAUGGGACAGUGGGACGCGUUACAGAAACGACUGGUCAGCUGCCUGUUUCUACGUAUCAGGAUCCUUUCUUACAGUUCAGCCAGGUAACGUUGCAGGCGAAAUUCUACAAGCUGCGAGUUACAGAUUUUUCUCGAUUAACGGCGAUAAGAAAGAACGAUAAGAAAGAAGUAUAUAAACCUAGGAUUAAUAGUUUGUCAGCUGGUUAAAGUCAUUUGUUAGCAAAUUAUCGUGCACGAAAGCCUUUUUUCUCUUCAUUAUCUAAACUGAUAAGAAAGACCGAAGACGAUAGCUGGAGAAUUCGUUGACAGUCCACUAAACUAUCUUGUUUCCCAACCUGCUCGGAUAAACGAAGUUCUAACGAUCAUCAGUACGAACGAUUUUAUUUUUCAAGCAAAUUUCAUUAUUACUAUGCUAUGUUUUACGAACUUACGUGAAACGUAAAGUUGUAAAUAUAUAUGUAUAUAUAUAAAUUUAUAUAUAUAUAAAAUGAUCAAAAUAAAGCAAUUACAAUUUUUAGUACGUAGGCGAAACGAACAACCAUUCAAGUUCUGUUUCUCUUUGAUCGAUUUUUGCUUCAACGGUAUAAAAUAAAAUAUCCUACGCUAAUAGCAACAUUGAUCCAGUCUACGUUAGACAAGGGUUGAUCGACGAGUAAACGGUACUGGAGAGAUCAUCGUGCAUCCUUAAGAACGAUCAUCUUUUAUCUUCAUUUAUCUUUAUCACGAAAGGAGAACCUUACAGGUUCUCUUUCAUCUCGUUUCGACGUUCCGCGGUGCGAAAUCCGAUUCAAAUCGUGUCGCAGAGGUCGCUUCGUCUAAUUAAUAGAAUUCGCUUGGAUUAUAUUAGCGUCUACGAGCAUGUUCGAUCGUGUAGCGCGAAUGGGACGAACGUGCGUUUUCAAUGGGGUUCGACGCGAAGGAGAACCCAAGGAUCUCAAGAAAAUGCGUAAGAACGCGUGCCGAUACAUUUUCGUACCGACACCUACGGGAACAGUGAUAUCAAUUUUAGUAAUUAUGGCACAAAAUGAUCUGUAUACGGUAGAUCUAUAAAUUAUUAGUCGACUUUUAGGUUUGAUUUUAGGGGGAUCGUUAGACGAGAAGAAGAGGGGCUACGAUGUAAUCGUUUGCGUUGCACAGCGGCGUAAAUUUUGUUGCCACGAAUUCCUGGCCGAUUACUAACGAACAAUUCCUAGUAAUCACGCAUGAUAGCGAAUAAUUGUCAUACGAUAUAUCUGGGAAUUGAAAUUUUCGAAGAAGCAGCAGCUUUCCUUUCUUUUUCCUUUAACAUGAUCAUGCGGUUGUGAAGAAGCGAAAGUAUCAGACUUGAUACAAAAAUUACGCCACUGUCAUAUCGAAUGACAUAUGAAUAUACUAUAUAUAUAUUAUUGUUUUGUCGUGGUUGGAUUACGUUGGGUCGUUUCUGUCGACCGAGAAUGUUUCCGAUUCGACUUAAAAAUGUUUUAAUUCCCGUUACAUCGUCUCAUGUGUACAUAAAAUAAUUAUUAUACUUCUUAUUAUAAAUAAACGUCGAUAUCGACAGUUUCAGAUA